AGCAGUAGCAGUAGCAAUAGUAACAGUAAUAACACUAACUCUAUUACCGCCUUAAAUCACUCGAAGUUAAACGGUUUCGUUAACGUUCCCCAAAAUAACUUUGAAGGUGAUAUUCAUCAUCAUAGUUCUAUAGACGAGGAAGUUGACUCGGAUGUAAUUGAAACAUCAACUACUCCUGCUGCCACUGUUCCUGCGUCUGGUAUUCAACAUAGAUCAAAGGAGAUGCAUAGUGAUGAUUCUGAAGAUGCGUUUCGCUUUCUACUGCAUCAUAUAGACUCAGAGAUUGCGGCACUUAAGCGACGAGUGGUGGCGGUGGGUAAACACCGUGAAAUUGUGGAAGAUACACAAACACGUCGUAUACGUGAUCUCUUUAACUGUAUCGAAAGGCCUUGGUUACUGUUGGAGUCUAUUCCAGCUCCACAACUCCCAAAUAAGGCAUUUGAUGUGUACGCGAAAGAACAGUACAUUAGAACACAUAGUCGUGCUCGUGCU